UUCGUUCUUUCAAAAUGUCGGAGGUCAACAAAAUUGGCUGGCUUCAGUAGAUCAAAGGUGCGGUUCCGAGUAGACUUUCUGAUUGUUUACUCUUCUGUGGUUCCAUUCCCACUAUUUCAUACUGUACAUUCAUGUAAAAAUGGCGGACGAAAAAGAUGUGGAGAAAACUAUUUCAGAAGACUUGGUGGUCACCAAGUAUAAAAUGGCUGGAGAAAUUGUAAACAGAGUUCUAAAACAAGUGCUCUCUAAAUGUGUAACAGGAGCUUCUGUUCGAGAAAUAUGUGAAUAUGGUGAUGAAUUAUUAUUGGAUGAGACAAACAAAGUCUUUAAAAAGGAGAAGGAUUUGAAAAAGGGAAUCGCAUUUCCUACAUCUAUUUCAGUUAACAACUGUGUUUGUCAUUAUUCUCCUGUUCCUAGUGAACCAGAUUAUGCUCUUAAAGAUGAAGAUGUUGUUAAAGUGGACUUGGGAGCUCACAUAGAUGGUUUUAUUGCUGUUGUUGCCCAUACUAUUGUUAUAGGUGCUUCUGUUGAAAAAAAAGUAACUGGCAGAAAGGCAGAUGUAAUAUUAGCAGCUCAUUAUGCCUCUCAAACAGCCCUCCGUUUAUUGAAGCCUGGUAAUGAAACUUAUGCAAUAACAGAUGCAGUACAAAAGGUUGCAGAAUCUUUCAAAUGCAAACCAGUUGAAGGUAUGCUCAGUCAUCAGUUGAAACAGUUCAAAAUCGAUGGUGAAAAAACAAUUAUCCAAAAUCCUAACGAUGCUCAGAAAAAAGAACAUGAAAAAUUUGAAUUGGAUAAACAUGAAGUAUAUGCUAUGGAUGUAUUGAUAAGUACUGGUGAUGGAGUUGGCAAGGAAACUAAUACUAGGGUUUCGAUUUACAAGAAAACAGAUGAGACUUACCAGUUGAAACUAAAAGCAUCAAGAAUGUUUUAUGGAGAAGUGAGGGCGAAAUAUGGAAACAUGCCAUUUAACUUGAGAAGUUUUCAAGAUGAGACAAAAGCUAAAAUGGGAGUUGUUGAAUGUGUGAAGAAUAAGCUUAUCGAACCGUUUCAAGUUCUUUAUGAAAAACCAGGGGAAUUUGUGGCUCACUUCAAGUUUACAGUAUUGCUUAUGCCAAAUGGCCCUCACAAGAUAACUGGUUUGCCUUUUGAUCCUGAUCUAUGUCAUUCAGAGUAUUCGGUGACUAGUCCCGAACUCAAGUCAAUUCUGAAUAGUUCAGCAAAUCCUAAAUCUGCUAAGAAGAAAAAAAAGAAGUCUGAAAGCUCAUCUGAUCCUCAGCCCAUGGAAGUUGAAGCAGCGGCAUAGAGAAGGAAUAUCUUAACUUUUUAUAAAAGCUUGAACACUACUUGGGUUUUCACAUUUUUGGAUAUGUUGAAAGUUGGCAAAAAAAUAUUUUUUUCAGACAAUCACUCGAAGCAUUGAAUCUUCAAUGAGAUUGAUUUUAUUCACAAGUACUUUUGAAUUUUCUAUUGCAAAAAAGUUAGCAGGAAAAAUCUUACCUUUAUAUUCGUUUUCAAUCAUAGAACUUUAUGUCAGAACUUUAUACAAUAAAUGAAGGUAAUUAAAAUGUACUGAAAAUUGUUUCUUACUAAGUAAAAGAACAUAUUUUUUGUAUA